AUGGACGUGGUGCAGGCCGUGACGGGCUACGUCACCAAGAUGGUGUCAGCCGGCGACAGCACAUCGGGGACGUCGCAAUCGGCCAAGAUGAAGAUUCUACUGCUGGACAGGGAAACUAUGGCUUUCAUAUCGACCGCCGUCACGCAAUCAACGCUUCUCAACCAUGAGGUGUACCUCACAGAUCGCCUAGACAAGCCGAACCGGGAAAAGAUGCGCCAUCUACGUUGCCUGUGUUUCGUGAGACCAGACCCGGAUUCCAUAGGCCUUCUUAUUGAUGAGCUGAGGGAGCCUAAAUACGGAGAAUACCAUCUUUUCUUCAGCAAUAUUGCCAAAAAGUCCACACUGGAACGUUUGGCCGAGGCCGACGAUCACGAAGUUGUGAAGCUCGUUCAAGAGUAUUUUCUGGACUAUGUGAUCAUCAAUCCCGACCUGUUCUCUCUCAACAUGUCUCAGCCCCUGUACCGCCUAUGGGGUGGGAACCCGGACACGUGGAAUAGAGACUCUCUUCAACGUGCAUCUGAAGGCCUCAUUGCUGUCCUGCUAUCGCUCAAGAAGAAGCCCCUCAUCAGGUACCAGAAGUCUAGCCCCCUGGCUCAAAAAUUGGCGUCAGAAGUGCGAUAUCACAUCACUCAAGAGGACCAGCUCUUUGAUUUCCGCAAGGUUGACACACCACCAAUCCUUCUCAUCCUAGACCGAAGAGAAGACCCCAUCACCCCCUUGCUCAUGCAGUGGACGUACCAGGCCAUGGUACAUCAUCUUCUCGGUAUUCACAACGGUCGUGUAGACCUAAGCAGUGUACCCGACAUCCGUCCCGAGCUCAAAGAGAUUGUUCUCUCUCAAGAUCAAGACCCAUUCUUCAAGAAGAAUAUGUAUCUCAACUUUGGCGACUUGGGCAGUAACAUCAAAGACUAUGUUGAGCAAUACCAAUCGAAGACGAAGAACAACGCCGACAUUGAGUCAAUAGCCGAUAUGAAGCGUUUCAUUGAAGAGUACCCCGAGUUCCGGAAACUCUCGGGAAAUGUCAGCAAGCACGUCGCCCUCGUCUCUGAACUGAGCAGGCGAAUAGGCGCAGAACAUUUGAUGGAAGUCAGCGAGUUGGAACAAAGCAUAGCUUGUAACGACAACCAUGGAGCUGAUCUCAAGGUAUGCAGGCACCCAUCCAACGCUCUCCCGUUGCUCGUCGACCUCCUCAUCACUGUUGGUGGAGUGUCUGUACGGGAAGCCUCCCUUGUAAACAAACUUCUUACCUACCACCAAUCCCUCCACGCCUCGGCAUCGGGAGCAGGCGGUAUUACCGACUUGUUCGAGUCGACGGGUCUGUUCAGCGCAGCCAACUCACGAUUCAAGGGCCUCAAGGGCGUUGAAAACGUUUACACCCAACACUCCCCUCUGCUGGAAACCACGCUGCAAAAUUUGAUGAAGGGGAAACUAAAAGAAGGGCAGUAUCCUUUUGUGGAGGGCAGCCCAAGCGUGAAAGAUAAGCCGCAGGAUAUCAUUGUGUUUAUCAUUGGAGGAGCUACGUACGAAGAGGCGAAGAUGGUGGCGGGUAUCAAUGCCAGCAGUCCUGGGGUCAGAGUCGUUUUGGGUGGUACGACGGUGCAUAAUGCGGCGACUUUCUUGGAGGAGGUCGAAGGGGCUGUGGAUGGGUGGCCGGCGGAUUCUCAGGGGACAAGAGCAGGGAGGAGAUGA